UCCGCUUGUCUUCUUCCCACAGAUAAAGCAGGUAACUUCAUCCUGCCCCGAAGAUCAACACGAUGGCAUUAUUCACGGUGGUUUUGUUCCUGGCGGCUGUGUGGCUUCCAUUCUUUCCUGCAAAGGGACAGGAUCAACGUUUUGCUGAUUUGUCAACCACCCUGAAAAAUGUCCAAACUGAGAUUGUAAACAAACACAAUGACCUAAGGAGAGGAGUCUCUCCACCUCCCAGUAACAUGCUGAAGAUGCAAUGGAACAGCAAGGCAGCAGCAAAUGCCCAAAAUUGGGCAAACAAGUGCCUUUUCAAACACAGUAACAAAAAGGAUAGAACAGUAGGUACAAGGAACUGUGGUGAGAAUCUCUUUAUGUCAAGUUACCCUUCCACAUGGUCUAAUGCAAUCCAAAACUGGUAUGAUGAGGUCCAUGAUUUUGCUUUUGAAGUAGGGCCGAAGAGUCCCCAAGCAGUAGUUGGACAUUUCACCCAGGUUGUUUGGUACUCAUCUUUCCUUAUUGGAUGUGGAGUUGCCUACUGUCCCAAACAAAGUCUAAAAUACCUCUAUGUUUGCCAAUACUGUCCUGCUGGUAAUAUUGUUGGCAGACAACAUGUCCCUUACCAAAAGGGGACACCUUGUGGCAGCUGCCCCAAUCACUGUGACAACGGACUAUGCACCAACAGUUGUGAGUACGAAGAUACCUAUUCUAACUGUGCAUCUUUAAAGGAAACAUGGACCUGUGCCUCUGAUUUUGUGAAGACCAAUUGCAAGGCUGCCUGCAACUGUCAAGGCAAAAUUUAUUAAAUUCCCAGUACUGACCAAGCAGGGCUACAUGAUGGAAGGCUGCAUCAUCUACUCAGAUUUGAUAUUUACUUACAAGGAAAUCACAGACAUGUUAGCUACAAAUUUGAUUUCAAGUAGUAAUGAGUCUUUUUCUCCUAGAUCUGCUUUUUAUUUUACAGAAUUUUUUUUCAUACAAAAAAUAAUUUAAUGUAACCUAAUCUAUGAU